CCGUGACGUCACCGCGUCUCGGGUUUCAGCGUGUCUCUACUACUGGGCGCACGCGGCGCAGCAGUCAGCGCGAGUGCUCCUCCUGCACUGUGAAGCACAGCAGCGGACGGAGCGAGCGCACUUCACCACGCGCACACACACACACACACACACACACGCGCGCUCCUCUAAAGUAACUAGAAACUCUACGUUUUCUGUCUGCCGUUCACGUUCGGAUACAAACGAUUACCUGGUUUUUUUUGUGUUUUUUCUCCCUCUGCACGUUUGGCUUCAUCGUGGUUGAUAACCGUGGCUGAGCAUUUAUGGAAGCUUUUCAUUUCACAAUGAGCGGAAGGUGACCUGCAAGCAUCCUGUCUCAAGCUUACCCUCGCAAGACAAUUGCAUCUUUGUCAUCAACGAACAAUCUGCCUCCAAAGGCCCGGCGAAUGAGAAGAAGGAUCGGCCACUGAGCACCAUGAGCGAGGCCUCCAACUACACGGGCGGCUCGGACUACGCCGCAAACCCCAGUAGCCCAGCAGGAAGACCAUCGAGACCUUCCAAAAAACUCCACAACUUUGGCAAGAGAUCCAACUCCAUCAGGAGGAAUCCCAGUGCCCCAGUUAUCAAGAGAAACUGGCUUUAUAAACAGGACAGCACAGGGAUGAAGCUGUGGAAAAAGCGGUGGUUUGUGCUGUCUGACCUGUGUCUCUUCUACUACCGAGAUGAAAAAGAGGAGGGGAUACUUGGCAGCAUCCUCCUACCAAGCUUCCGUGUGUCCAUGCUGUCUGUGGAUGACCACAUUAACAGAAAAUAUGCCUUCAAGGCAACGCAUCCCAACAUGCGGACGUACUAUUUUUGCACUGACACAGCCAAAGAGAUGGAGUCUUGGAUGAAAGUAAUGACAGAUGCUGCACUUGUGCAUUCAGAGCCAGUCAAAAGGUUGGACCGGCUAAAAGUGGAGCAGUGUGGACCACAAGAGAUCAAUCAUGUGGCCAACCACAGGCCUCCACUCACGCAGCCUGAAAUCCAGAACAAUCAACUCAACCGUGAGGUUGACCUUGAGCGCACUGCAGCGGUCACCUCCACCACAGCAGAUGAAGAGAAGAAGCAGCGAGACGCCGAACGUUACGGCUUCCAGAAGGACGGGGCGGAGCGCGAGCGCCCACUCACCAAGAUCAACAGUAUCAAACUGCAGCCAGCCCAGGCAGCUGCCAUCAAGGCCAACAUCGCCUCGCCGCAGACUCCCACAGAAAUGGACGGGUCACAUCGCAGCCCCCAGAUCAAUGGAUCUGGAGAUCAUUGUCCACCUGAUGGGACUGGAGUCCCCCCUCAUCAUAGUCCCACUCAUGAGCCAGACCGCACCCUGAGCAGGACCAGCUCCAUGCAGCAACUAGAGCAUUGGGUCCGUACUCAGAGAGGACGCAACCAGGAUGAUGACACCAGGAGCAUCACGUCCUACCAGACGCUUCCUAGAAACAUGCCGAGCCAUCGCGUGCCGUACAUGCCUCACUAUGGCGAUGGCUACUGCAGCAUGCCCAGGAAUAGCAUGGCGCAGAGGGACAGCAUCUGCAGCAUGUCGCCGUCGUUGUACGACCAGGCCCUGGGUCCCUCGCCGGUCGACAAGCGCCGCUCCAUGCGCGACGACACCAUGUGGCAGUUAUUUGAGUGGCAGCAGAGGCAGGCCUACACCAGGCCGCCGGGGCUCUACGGCAAUAUGGCCAGUCCCAAAACCAUGAUCAACCUGUCGGAUCACGCCGCACCCAGCCACUCCAUCCCCCCCUCGCCCUCCCACGGCUCCCUGUCCAUGUACGGCGCCUACUCUCCGAUGCGGUCCUACAACAUGAACAAUGCUCGUUCAGAGGUGUCCUCUCCCGUUUACAGAGGAGACAUGAGCAUUGACAGACGGCACAGGCCACAAAUCAACAAGUAUGCCUACCCACCUGAUAGGAGGUCUAUGCCUGCAGGGAUCCCAGUCCAGACUAUCACUGCCCAGUCUCUCCAAGGCAAAACACUGAAUCCAGAAGACUACAGAGAUCACGCCUAUACAUGUGUGACAGAGGAAGUGGACAUUGAUACCAAACUUAGCAGGUUGUGUGAGCAGGAUAAAGUGGUGAGGACUCAGGAGGACAAACUUCAUCAGCUGUACAGAGAGAAGCACACCCUGGAGACGGCCCUGCUUUCAGCCAGCCAGGAGAUAGAGAUGGGCUCUGAUAACCCUGCUGACAUGCAGAGUAUUAUCCAGCAGAGAGACUUGCUGCAGAGCGGCCUGCUCGGCACCUGCAGAGAGCUCUCCAGAAUCGCAGCUGAGUUGGAGCUGUCGUGGAGGGAGUACGAGAAGCUGGAAGGAGAUGUGACUCUGGCUAAGAACAACCUCCUGGAACAGCUUGAAGCACUGGGAAGUCCUCAGACGGAGCCUCCCAGCCAGCAGCACGUCCGCAUCCAGAAAGAACUUUGGAGGAUUCAAGAUGUGAUGGAGGCCCUCAAUAAACAAAAAGCUCAGAGAAUUGCUGAUGGUAUGAGCUUGUAUGGGCCCAAGUCCAGCUUCAGCAAACACAAAAUCGAGGGCCCAGACUACAGGCUGUAUAAGAGUGAACCAGAGCUCACCACAGUGGCUGAAGUGGAUGAGAGCAAUGGAGAGGACAGAUCUGAGCACCAGUCUGAUAGAGAACAUUCUGGUAACAAAGGGAUGUCCUACCCAGUUGGCAUCGUCCCACCCAGGACCAGAUCUCCGGUGCCUGAGUCCUCCUCCAUACCUUCAUAUGUGACCUUGAGGAAGAGCAAGAGGCCCGACCCGAGGACGGUGAGUCUAAUGGAGCGUCCUCACAGCGCGGUGGAGCAGCAGCUGUGUGCCGGGGAAAGCGGCCGGCCCAGGAUGAGUGUGGAGGAGCAGCUGGAAAGGAUCCGCCGCCACCAGCAGGGCGCCCUCAAGGAGAAAAAGAAAGGUCUCCACAUCCGGGGUGGCAGCCAGGAGAACACUCCGUCUCGCAGUCACUCAUUCACGAAAGAAAACCAUUUACGAAAGCAGUCCCAUAUGAGGCGCAGAGAAGAGGGGAUGAGCUUUGACAUUCAUGAGCUGGAGGCCUCACUCAGGGAGCAGGAGGUGGUGAGGGGCCAGGAGACGCCCGCCGAGGAGAUUGCCCGUCUCAAAGAAGCCUCGCAGGAUGAACACUUAAAUAUGGACCGAGAGCUUUCUGUGCCCGACAAAGUGCUGAUUCCUGAGCGUUACGUGGAGUCAGACCCCGAGGAGGCUCUGAGCCCGGAGCAGGAGGCUGAUAAGCAGAGGAAGGUUGAUCGCAUCAAAGCCCUCAUAGCCAAAAACAGCAUGCAGAAUGUGCUGCCUAGUUUGGCCCUGAGCCCCGAGGAGGAGACAGAAGUGGAGGUUACCGUACAGGAGAAGGAGAAGAUGAUUAAUAUGUCCUACGAGCUGGCAGCAGAGGCCUCCAAACGCAGCAAGCUGGUAGCAGUGAAAAGCCCGUCGUCCUCUUCUCCACCCCUCCCACAGUCUCCUAACUCACCCCCUCAACUCACUGAUGGGUCUCACUUCAUGUGUGUGUAGUAGCACCACACAAGCUCUGGCCUCUGUGAAAACCUACACAUGAAGGAAACAGCGAUGGAGGUGUGAAGAUGAUGCCCCCGAAGACUUCCCCAAGGACAUCAGCACAAGGCCGCAGCCUACAGAGAGAUAAACUGCCUACUCCGUACUCUGGGUUAUUAACCUCUAACUUCUGUAUGCUCACUGUGACGUCUUAAGCUCUUAUGCCACCAACAACACUUGUUUUCUGUGACAUUUUUCUGUUAAUUCCUCUUUGCCACAGAAUACAGCUUGAUACUGUUAUUGUUGCAGUUCCAUUUUCAGUUUUUACAAGGUUUUAAGGUUGUUUUCAUUAUUUAUAUGGUUUUAUUAGGUUUGUGUUUGAAUGUGGGCCAACAUUGGUCUAUAUAUGUAUAUAUGAGGCUAAUAGACUGAGCUCUGUUAUUAGCUUUAAGCCGCAUUUUCCGUUCAUGUUUCACCAUCUGUCCUAAAAGGUUUCAAAAACAUAUUCUCACAUCAUUUUACAUAUACCAGAUAAUUUUAGUCUUUUAUAAGUCACUCGUCGGUCAUCAACUAACCAUUUAUAUUUAUCCAUUUAUUGUAAACAACGUUUGUCAGUGCGAAAGACGAGUUUAUAAGAGAUGUAGAUCCCUCCAUUAUAAUGAAAGGAGGAGACACUUUAUUGCUGCAGACCAAGAUUAUUUGUAAUUUCUCCUGUUUCUGGGUUGUAAUUAUUUAAAAAUGGGAUCUUCUGUUGUCCCUGUCGCAUUGUUGCCGACACAUAUGUGAAUGUUUAAGUCACUCUAAACUGUCUUUUUUUGUAUUGCUGAGAGAUAUAUUUAAAGUGAGAGAAGGAAAAAAUAAUCAGAGUUUGGUUCUAUUUUAUGACAUGUUAGUUUGAAGACUUAGAACUUAAGAAAGAAAAAAAAAGAUUAGCACAUGUAAAAA